CUUUUUUUUCCUCCCCAUUCCCGUUCAUUGCCUCCUCUUUCCUCUCCGCCUACUUUCCUUGUCACGAGGGUAAACAACUGGUGUCUCAGUCUCGGUUUCCUACGCUGGUCUGUCUCGUGGGCUUUGUUCGUUCUAGGCCUCGCCUUUCUUCUUUAAUAGAUCUCUCUUUCAAAUACCACCAGGCAUCAUCUUGUGUUUAUCAGACUCCGGGAAAAAAAAAAAAAGUUGUCAUCCCUCCCCUACUCCGUCAUCGUCACCACAUAUCACACUUACCACAUCCGCGAUACCGUUGCCAACAACUCAAUCUUCCGCAGACAGCUUAACACUAGAGUUUCCUACGCAUUCAUACACGCUGUCGCCCUCAACGCCCCCGGGCCCCGCCUCGCCGACUGCCCAAUGCCGGCUUCCUCGAGGCAACCCUUCCUCCACGAUGGCUACCAUCGAGCCACGGCUUAUGCACCUCUCAACCGUACUUAACACUCAGCAAGCCGACAGCCCUUCACCUAUACAGCUCGGUCCUAUAACGGCCCCCGUGAACAGCAACUCGCUCUAUUUACCUACCCUGCCCCGCGAUGCUGGACAACAACCACAACCACAACAACCACAACAACAACAACAACAACAGCAGCAGCAACAACAGCAGCAGCAGCAGAGAACCGACAAGCAACUGCCGACUCUGCCACCGAUUCACACGCUCAGUAACGAGUCUAUGACCAAGCAGACGCCCAGGAUAGACCCGUUCGCAAGCGAUUCUGCCGCUCGCCACCCUCCUUCGAGUUAUUCACUCCAAUUGCUACUUUCAUCAAACUCCCCAGAGACAAGCAGCACGCCCCUCUCUCUGCGCAGACCUGCAGGCGACCACCCCGAUGCGCUUCAAGAUGCCUACAACAAGAAGCGGCAGCGGGCUCUCGCUGCCAAAGACGACUAUGUCCAGCUGCCUCAGCCUCUCAAGAAACAGAAAUCCACCCAAGAGGUGGUUCUUCAACAAGUAGUCACGGUCCCACCCAUCCUUAACGGCCUUCACGAACCGCCACCCAACCCCAACGCCAGCAGGUUUCCUCCAAUACUCUCCGGCGUUGUUGACCAUGAGGCACCGAGGAUAAGCGGCUACAUGCAUGAUCUCAGUCCUCCGACCCAUGUCCCUGCCUCGGCAACCACAACUCCACCCGCCGAGUGGUCCAUUACAUCCCCACCCCCAACAGACGGAGACAAGACGAGUGGCGGAGCCAAGGCGAAACGGAGGGCGGCGAAACCACGGAGAAAGUGGUCUGAUGAGGAAACCAACAACCUUCUACUGGGUGUCAGUCGGCAUGGUGUUGGAAAAUGGACGACCAUUCUGGAGGAUCCCGACUACAAGUUCAACGAUCGGACUGCCGGUGACCUCAAGGAUCGGUUUCGGACCUGCUGUCCCGAGGAGCUUCGUGGGGGUUCAGGCAAGAGAAGCCCUGCGGCCGACAAGUCUACGUCAGGCGAACCAAGCACGCACAUGAACAGCAGGCACAAGAAUGGCUUGUCGCUGGAUGCUCUCUUGAGCAACCCAGAGGCUGGACCGAGUGAUAAGGAUAGGGGUGACUCCGACUCGGCCCCUGCAAAGCAGAGAAAGAGUCGGGCACACCGGAAGAAGAUGGAAGAUCUUGUCGAACUGGGAAUCAGGGGUCCAUUCAAAAAGUCGCACCGUCGUGAGCGGCGUCCAUUCACGGACUUGGACGACAAGGAAAUCCUGGCAGGACUCAAGAAGCACGGGCCGGCUUGGACCAAGAUCCAACGCGAUCCAGAGUAUCAUCUUCAGAGCCGCCAACCCACGGAUUUGCGCGACCGGGUUCGCAACAAGUAUCCGCAAAUUUACGCAAGCAUUGAGAAGACCAAUCCCCGGGAUAAGGACCAUCAAGCGCGCGGGAGUGCGGAGGCGUCUACAUCCAGCAUCAGUCUGCUGGAACCUUCCAUUCACCCUACGAUAUCCAAAACUCUCGAGCCGACCAUAGCACGAUCGAUAGAACCGCAAGUAUCGCGACAGAGCUCGAGGGAGGAAUUGCCAAAGUGGCUCCCGAGUACGACAUGCGAACCGACAGAGACGCUACCCGGUCUGGCUUCUGUUUUUGCCGACUUGCCCGACGGUCCUCUGUCGUCGUCAUAUUUCGGAGGACCGCCCGAUAUGGACAUAUCCCGACUCCUGCUAAACGAUGCCCAAGAUCCUUCCUCAGCCUCGGAGCGCCUGAGAUAUGGACAGGGAGGUAUGGGGGGAGGGGCGCCAGUUAUUUCAGGAGGUCAGGAUGGUUUAUCGGGCGGAUCCGCCCAUCGGAGGGCUCUCUGAAGCGCGAGGUAACAGGUAGGCAUGCAGAGAGCUUGCCACAACGUUGCGAUUUCUUGCCGCCAGCGCGAGAGAUCUUUUGUCGUCUCUAACACACGAAAUUUAUCGCACGGCAAACGGCCGGCGCAUUGUUUGAACCUGACAAACUUUCAUUUGUUUUUUUUGCUAUGUUAUCAGCGUAUAUGGGUUUCUAGACACAGGGCGUCACCGGUCAUCAAGGCAGGCUUCGCAAAACAUCUUUUUUAUUUCUUUUUUAUUUGCGUUUAUACACAUCGGGCGGCGUCAGUCAAGGGGCUGACAAAAGACUGGGAUCGGGAACUUGGGGGCACGCAUUUGUCUUUGAAGAAGGACAGACAACUUAGGGAGGAGUGCGUCACACAUAUUCAUGGAGAGCUUCUUCUGAGCAUCUUCUUGGUUGGGGCCGGGAUCGAUCCACAGUCAGAAUCGAGGCAGGAGCAACCGUCAACAAUGGGAGGAAGACGAGAUGACGAGAGAUACAACCAGAGGAGAUAGGAAACAUCAGUGACAGUCAAGCAAACUACUUCGCAGUAGGAUGCCUAGUACUUAAAGCAUACGAGUAAAGCAAAUAUGAAUUCGAUUGACUUCACUAAGAGUGGCUGUUAUGGGGUGCUUUUUCGAG